GUGCAUUUAUUAAAUAUCCUAACCCUCCUAGUACCCAUCUUAAUUGCCAUAGCAUUCUUAACACUAGUAGAACGCAAAAUUUUAGGGUACAUACAACUACGAAAAGGACCAAAUAUCGUAGGGCCAUACGGUAUUUUACAACCAUUCGCAGAUGCAAUAAAACUAUUUAUCAAAGAACCCCUACGACCACUAGCAACAUCAACAUCCCUGUUUAUUAUUGCCCCCACACUAUCACUUACACUAGCCUUCAGUCUGUGAAUCCCAAUACCAAUACCACACCCACUAAUUAACCUAAACCUAGGAGCUAUAUUCAUCUUAGCCACAUCAAGCCUAUCAGUAUACUCAAUUUUAUGGUCAGGGUGAGCCUCUAACUCAAAGUAUUCAAUAUUUGGGGCCCUACGAGCAGUAGCCCAAACAAUUUCAUAUGAAGUAACCAUAGCAAUCAUUUUAUUAUCUGUCCUACUAAUAAACGGAUCAUUCUCCCUACAAUCACUAAUAUUUACCCAAGAAGCCCUAUGAUUAAUUAUUCCAACUUGACCCCUAGGAAUAAUAUGAUAUAUCUCAACCCUAGCAGAAACAAACCGAGCCCCAUUUGACUUAACAGAAGGUGAAUCAGAAUUAGUAUCUGGGUUCAACGUAGAGUACGCCGCGGGCCCAUUUGCCCUAUUCUUCAUAGCUGAAUACACUAACAUCAUUCUAAUAAAUGCUCUAUCAACAAUCGUAUUUUUAGGCCCAUUCAAUGACCCUAACUACCCAGAAAUAUUUACAACAAACUUUAUAAUAAAAACAUUAGCACUCACCACACUAUUCUUAUGAGUACGAGCAUCCUACCCACGAUUCCGAUAUGACCAACUAAUACAUCUACUAUGAAAAAACUUUCUCCCACUAACAUUAGCCCUAUGCAUAUGACACAUUUCUGUACCAAUCUUCAUAGCAAGUAUUCCACCAUACACCU